UGGCUGGGCUGGGCUGGGUUCACGCCAUGCCUCAACGCUUUAACUGCAUUGGCCGGAUCGCAGCAAGCCUGGGCCUGGGACUGGGCCACUCCACGAGACUCUCCACUCGAAUCGCAACUUAAAAUGCACUUUUGGGGGCUUUUUCAUUUAGUGCGCCAUAAAUUAGGCAGCCGAGUUUUUGCAGCACCGGCAAAGGGCGAAAACGCAGAGCAGCGACAUUUUGCACAGACGGCCAAAACCCAAAUCCUGGCAAGGCAAUUAAUCUAAACCCGGGUCACGUCGACGCCAGCUAAGUUAAAAAUUCAAGAGUCACACGACACAUUGAAAAAAAAACAUGAUAGCUAUUCGAUUUAUAAUUGGCGCAGACUGACAUUUGAAAUAUUAUAAAAUUACAAUUGUACACUAAUUUAAUCAGAUAAAAAAGCGAUAGUUAUCUAGCUGAGAGUAAAGUAUGCCCUCUAGCCAGACCAACAACUGUUAAGUAUUAAAACUUCCCAAUUAUUUAUUUUGGAAGAGCAAAAGUGCUUAUCAGAAAUAUCGACGCGUUUAACUGCCGAUCCACGCUCAGACACCCGAUGCCUUUAACGCACAAUGAGAAUCUAGGUUCUACGCACAAAUUCCAGAUAAAGACAACAUCCGUAAGAGAUUACAGCAAUGGCUUAGCCGGACCUCAUGGUAGCUAAUUUCUUUUUUUGCAAAUCUAUAAGCUUAUGAUAGUAAAAAACCAACUUUAGCCACGAGUUCAUCUCUUAAAUUGAAACACAAUUAAGCUGAGUGCUGGACACAUGUCCAACUUAAGCCACAAAAGUUGUUUUAAAUUGCUGCACAGCGGCCCAAGUCCACAAAACGGAGGACUACCGCAGGUUCGAGUCGGAGACGGAGUCGGAGACGUUUGCCAUAUAAAUUCAAUAGCCAUGGCAAUAAGUGCAUUAGCAGCAUAUUUCACAGAUUGGCAGACACGUCGCUCGGCGGCCACCAUGGCCAGGCGACCAGAAGGAAAGGCAGUCAAAGAGGCUGGGUGGCCCAACCGGGCAACCGCCAGACAACGGGCCAGACAGUUGCUCGACCAAAAUUGCCAGUUGCCAGUUGCCCCGCUGCAGCUUCCUCUUAUGCCCGAGAUAGUAGCACGAACUAACGUCAAACGAAAUAAGAAAAAUAUAUUGCUAAAUUCUCGCACAGGAAACACCAACAGCAGCAGCAGCCGGCGGGUGGACCAGGACCUUUUCACAGCCCGGACUUGGCAGCACGUGCACGCCAAAUGGCAAACGGAAGUUCAAAAGCGUAAAGAGCAUGUAACGAUGCCAACGGCAACGGCAACGGGCCAACAACUGCCAUGGCAUUGGCCGAGAUGCGCUUCUGUGUAUGGUCAGCCGAUUGUGGCAACAAAUUGCAAUAAGCAAUUUUUCAAUUUUCAAUUUAGACGCCAUCGACGAGGGCGGACAGCGACAUGCAAAGCAGCCAAACGUGCAACUGGUCAUAAUUCAGAGGCAGAUCCGUUUACGUCCGACCGGAGUCGGAGAAUGGCAGAUUCACGGCAAACCGGUAAACGCUGCGACAAGACAAAUGUCUGCCCCAAAAAUGAUUCCGUCAGUUGACACACUGCCGGCCUCGGACCCGGACGCACAAUUGAUAAGUAAUCUACACGAUUUACCUAUAUACCACGGAGAACGUCAAAGGCACAGGCCCCCUUUGCGCCCGGCUCUCGGAAUGCACGACGUGGAUCGUUCACCAAAGCUAAA